UCCUAACGCCAGUAAUGGCAGUCAGCUGACGAGUGCAUGUUCAUGUCUAUUAAUACAAAACCGACACGUUGCUUACUGUCAAGAAUGUUUGGUUAUCUCUAAUCUGCCAUUAUGUGGCUUAAGCCAGAAGAAAUCCUGCUGGCAAAUGCUCUCUGGGUGACUGAAAGAGCCAACCCUUUCUUCAUCCUCCAGCGAAGGAAGGGGUACGGAGGAGGAGGGUUGACCGGUCUCCUUGUUGGUACUCUGGACACUGUCCUAGAUAGCAAGACACCUCCAUAUAGAAUACUUCACCAGCCCCAUGGAUCAGACGUCAGCUACACUGUGGCUGUGGCCAAUAACAAAAAAGAAAUUCAUAAAGAUUGGGAAUGGCUAGAACAACAUUUGAUGGAAACUCUGGGUGCAUUUGAGGCGAAUGAGGAUGCAACAGAAUUCAUCAGAUGUAAAAUUGAAAGUCUACUAGCCAAUCAAGUCAAGGGAGAAGAUGAUGAUGAAACUAAAAGAUAUAAAACAGCGACCAGGAAGUUCAUGAAGCUGUUUAACAUGCCCAAGGAAGAGAAGCUAGUCAAUUACUACUCAUGCAGCUACUGGAAGAGUCGCAUGCCUCGUCAGGGAUGGAUGUAUCUGAGUGUUAACCAUUUGUGUUUCUACUCAUUUCUGUUGGGGCGUGAGGACAAGGUCAUCAUCCGCUGGACAGACAUACUGAAAUUAGAUAUUGGUAACAAUGUGCUGUUUCCCGAUAGUCUGGUGGUGAAGACAAGAGAAGGAGAGUAUUAUUUUUCCAUGCUUCUGCAAAGUGGGGAGACCUUUCGACUAAUGGAACAGCUGGCUAAUAUGGCUAUGAAACAGUUGAUGCAGGAAGGUGGAUUUGAGGAAGACAAGACUAUUGCAGAUAGGACAAAAAAAAAGACGCCAAAGAAGACAUCGUCGAUAAAAAGAGAUUUGGAUGCCAGAGCUAGAAGUGAUGCAUUUAGGUUAGCGUUUCGUUUGCCAUUGAUGGAGAAAUUGGAUGGCGACACCGACUGUACAUUGUGGACACCAUAUAACAAACAGAAUGUCUGGGGCAGACUCUACCUUUCUCAGAACUACAUCUGCUUUGCCAGUAGGGUACGCGAACUAGUCAGUAUUGUCAUGCCAACACGCGAGAUUCAGCUGGUGGAAAAGGUAGACAACUCUGCAUCAUCGGACGGCAACCAGAAAGGCCUGGUCAUCACGACCAAGGGCAAGUUGAAUUUGAUGUUUUCACAACUUGGAGAUCGAGAUUUCAUAUUGGAGAAGAUAUCUGAUUUCCUCGCAAAACAACAACAGCCGAGUGCAAGGCCGAGAACGAAGUCGGAGAAGUCGGAUGAUGCUAGCUCAGUGAACGAGUCGACAGACAAGUCUGGUGCCAGUUUUGAUUUACAGCCAGCUUUGGUCAGUCUCUUUUGUCGACGUGACUCUGACGAGUUGUCAUCCAGAGAAACGGUCAAGGAACAUCUCUGGAACAUCCACUUUGCUGAGUAUGGCAGGGGUGUGUGUAUGUACCGGACAGUGGCUACAUUACAGCUGAUACUGAAAGGUCUCCCAGAGAAAUACCGUGGUGAGGUGUGGAUGUUGUUCUCAGGAGCCAUCAAUGAGAAAUCUUGUAAUCCCGGGUACUACAGCAGACUUGUGGAGGAAAGCUCUGGCAAAUACUCACUGGCAACAGAUGAAAUAGAGAGGGAUCUUCACAGGUCUUUACCGGAACACCCAGCCUUCCAGUCCGACCUCGGGAUUGGGGCCCUGAGAAGGGUUCUAACAGCCUAUGCUUGGAGAAACCCUACAAUAGGCUACUGCCAGGCAAUGAACAUUGUAACGAGUGUGUUGCUCCUCUAUACUGAUGAGGAGGAGGCGUUCUGGCUACUGACGGCUGUGUGUGAGAGACUACUACCCGACUACUAUAACACCAAGGUAGUCGGGGCUCUUAUAGACCAAAGUGUGUUUGAGGAGCUGAUCAAGGACAACCUACCUAGCCUGUACCAGAAGUUAGAGACCCUUGGAUUACUCAGCAUGAUCUCCCUGUCCUGGUUUCUCACCAUAUUUCUCAGUGUAAUGCCUUUCAGCUGUGCAGUAAAUAUACUGGAUUGUUUCUUUUACGACGGUGCUCGAGUGAUCUUCCAAGUGGCGUUGACUAUACUUGAUGCCAAGAAGGAUGAAUUACUAGCGGCCAGAGAUGAUGGAGAGGCAAUGACCAUCCUUGGAGGGUACCUGGAGAAUGUAUCCAACCGUGACUCGACCAUGCCGAACAUCAUCCACACCAACAUGCUGUGUACUAAUGGUGUCAAGAAAGAACCCUCUGUGGACGUCAGUGAGCUCAUUGAUGAAAGUUAUCGUAACUUUGGUCACAUGAACAACCAGGAUAUUGACAAACUGCGACUUAAGUACCGCCUGCAGGUCGUACAGAAUAUUGAGGACAGCACCAAGAAAAAUGUGCUCCGAAGUGUUGCCUCUCAUACGUUAUUUAAAGGCAAGGAACUGGAGAACCUGUUCAUCCUAUUCAAGGAGGAGUACCUAACAUCCUGUUACUGGCGGACCAGUCAGCAGCCUGUGGAUUCUGCAGACAAAUUUGACCCCUCACGACCUUACUACGAGAUCUACAAGGUCGACUUUGACCAGUUCAAGACCAUGUUCCUAUCUCUAGUUCCCUGGUCAACCGGGUCACAAGGUCAUGUGCUAGCUCUCAGGGCCUUUAGGUACCUGGAUGAGAAUGGUGACAACAUGAUCAACUUUAAGGAGUUUGUAUACCUGUUGGGUGUGAUCUGUCACGGAGAUCUCACACACAAACUUAAACUUCUGUACCAGUGUCAUCAGCCCCCAGCUCUACUGCCUAACGACGACCUCGACAGUUCAGAGAUACCUACCUCUCCUAAAUCAGAGUCAACAGAGAGUGCAGUGGAAGCCACAGACUUUUUUGACAGUGGUGACACUUUACAAGAUGAGAUUGAACUUCCAGGAGACCCAUCACCACCGCCAUUGGAAGUGGUCACGGAGGAUCAGCCCUCAAACGAGGACCUAGGAGGGGGAGACGUUGCAUCCGGGGACCAAAAUGAUUCUACAAGUAUCUCAAACCAGACUACGGAGGCUGGCGAUUCAGAUGAGGAGGUGACUACCUCUAACAAGGAGGAGGCGGAGUCUAGUGACAGACAGGCCGAUACAGCCAAUGAAAAGGCAGAGUCUGAAGAUGGCCCCGGAACAGAAUCUGUCGAUGGAGAGGCCGUUUCACAGGUGGAAUCUGUUGAUGCUUCCUCUCCGGAUGAACCCAGUGAGGCUUCCGAUAGCAGCUCAGCAAAAGUGUCUGAUAUAGGUGACAGUCUGAGAAAAAUGUACCAGAAACGACAAGAGUUGAAGAAAAAGGACAGCAAAGCUGACUUCAAGGAUGUUCCCCGAUUGACACAGAUACAGUUUAUUCAGCUCUGGAAGACGCUGUAUGACAUGUUCAGUGAUCAUAGCGAGGAACAGGAACUUUAUCACUCCAUAGCUACAGUCGGAACACUACUUCUAGAACUGGGAGAGGUGGGAAAGAAAUUCUACCUCAAGAAAUCCUCGCCAUCGGAAAGCUCUGUAACGGACACGCCUCUGUCCUGUAGUGCAGAUAGCGGCAUGGAUGUGGAUCGUCUUGCGCAGAAUAUUCAGCGUACUCGCCUGGACACGGACAAAUCGGGGGACGAAAAUCUGGAGGAGGACGGAAGUGAUCUGACCUCGGGGAUCGAAUCAGUGUCAGAGAACAAUGCAGAGACUUCAACAGGUGAAUCCUCCAAGACAACAGCAGAUUCCUCUUCAGAUUCUAAUCAGUCAUUUUCUAAGCCAGACUCUGAUUGGUCAAUAUCAUUUGAACAGUUCAUAGCUUCUAUGUUAACUGAGCCCCCAUUGGUUGAAUUCUUUGAGAAGCACACAGAUGUAACAGAGUCUGUUGCUAAAGUGAGGAAUCGAAGGCUGAUGAAGAGACAAAUUAGUGAUUUUCCAGAUGAUAAAAAGAAAUGAUCAUUUCAGGAUAACACGACACAAAAUGGCGGCUAUUUGGUGAGUGUAGCCUACCAUGUGUUAGAAACAUUAUAUGUAUUGAGCUUUCUCGAGGUCUUUUGUUAAAAACACUUAACUUUGUAAAGAUUCAUUACUGACAGCUGAGAAUAUUCAUUUUACUCGACGUAUCAAGUAAUCUUGUAGUAUUUUUCUUUGUAUGUUAAACAUACUUAUAUAUGGUUUCUAUUAUUUUGCUCUCUUUCUCGGAGAAUUGCAUGUGUUAAAAAUACUUAUUUAUGGUUUCCAUUAUUUUGCUCUCUUUCUCAGAGAAUUACAUCUGUUUUACACUACUAAAUACAAUUACAUAUAUAUAUAUUGUUACUUUCCUUUUUCUCUCGUUGUCACUGAGAAUUACCUGUAUUUUACACUUAUUGAAAACAUGUUAAACAGCCUUUUUCCCAUUACAUGUGCUGGUGACAUUGAUAAAAACCUGUUUGAUUUUAAUUCAUCAGAAACUUUUUCAUUGAAUAAAUUCAUGCAUGAAAAAGACUGCAUACUGAUCAUUACUUUAGUAUUACUAAUAUGUUCUAGAUUGUUUUAGUUUUGAAUGAAGGUAAGUCUAAGUUAAAUCAGCUGAUUUUCUGUGAUUGGUUUUGCCUCCUGAUAUUUAUUUGAUGUUGUUAAUGAAUUAGUAUUUUGUUGUCCAUAAGAACUUGUCAUGACACAACAAAUGAACUAAGUGCUUUAUUUUGAGUAAUCUUCAUCUACAAUAAACUUGCUACAGACAAUUUGGCUGUCGACCCCAAAUGCUGGUAUAUGGCUUUAUGAUUAUAACAGGCAUGCAUGCUAUAUAUAGAUUUCUACAUAUGUUUAUGGGUAUUUAAUUUGAAAUGAUAUUCACAUCAUAAAGAUAAUUCAACAGAAAACAUGGUCAUUAAAUUUAUAAUUCAUUUUAGACUGCUUGUUACAUUAAAUAUUCAGUUCAUCAAUGGUUUUUCUAUAACUUUUAUGUUAUUCCAAAAAUGUUCAAAAAAACAAAUGAUUCAUUCUUAUAAACAGAUAUUUCAUAAGGGGUAAUAUUGGUGUUAAGCAGAUUCGUAUGUUAGACCAAUUGUUCAAACUAAACAUGGUUCAUGUUGAAACUGAAAGUACAUGUAGACUAGUUGCUCAACUUGGUCUCUAUUACUAAGUGUUCCUUCGAAAUAUUUAACAGUUAGCCUCUGUAUAUAUAUUUGCUGUCAACCUUUUGUUGUACAUUGGCGGUACCAAGCUUUUAGAUGAUCGCUAUUUCUUGUGACACAGUUACACACGUACUUAAUAACUUCUGUAUGUGAAUGAACAGACUGUUUAGAUGAUCGCUAUUUCUUGUGACACAGUUACACACGUACUUAAUAACUUCUGUAUGUGAAUGAACAGACUGUUUAGAUGAUCGCUAUUUCUUGUGACACAGUUACACACGUACUUAAUAACUUCUGUAUGUGAAUGAACAGACUGUUUAGAUGAUCGCUAUUUCUUGUGACACAGUUACACACGUACUUAAUAACUUCUGUAUGUGAAUGAACAGACUGUUUAGAUGAUCGCUAUUUCUUGUGACACAGUUACACACGUACUUAAUAACUUCUGUAUGUGAUUGAACAGACUGUUUAGAUGAUCGCUAUUUCUUGUGACACAGCUACACACGUACUUAAUAACUUCUGUAUGUGAUUGAACGGAUUGUUCAGAUAAGAAAUCAUAAUUGUUGUGGGUUUCAUUUUCAAAAGUCAUCAGCAUACAUACAUGUAUAUGACAACCUGAAUUAACCCUUUCACCCCUACUGACCAUGUUGGGAGUUCACAUGAUAAAUGAAUGGCAGAGUCCACUAAAGUUUCUUAGGGUUGAAAGUGUUAAAAAAAAAAAUUUAAAGUGUGCAUGAGAAAUUUAUAUGGGGUUUCAUUUUCAUAAAUAUCCAGUAAUUUUGUAUGUUGACUGAAGAUAUCAUAUGAGCAGUGUUUAUUAUAAUGUUUGAGGGAUGUUUCAGUACAUUUGUAGGGUAUAGUAGUUAGUUGUAGUAGGAAUUGUACUGCUUGGUAUUCCAUGUAAAGUGACUCACAAUUCUGUCACUGCUACAAAUGUCUUUCAAAAUGCAUGUAUCAGAAAUCUGCCAUAAUUGUGAAUUUUACCAUACAAUGUCUUAUCGUACAUCUUCACCCGUACCAUUGUAAUGAUAACUGGACCAAUGUUCUCAUCAGGAGGUUAACAGUUUAUAAUGAUCAGGUAAGAUUGAGGUGUAUACAGUGUACACUACGUAUAUUUGUCCUGCUGCGGAAUGUGAUAUUGAUUUUCCUAAAAAUGGAUUAUUACUCAAUGUCUAUAACUGUAUUAAAUACAAGUUGUAUGAAGCAUCACGUAAAUGUGAAUUCAUCCAUGUAUGUAAUCAUUCAUCCAUGUCUGUAUAAAUUUAGCCAUGUCUGUAUGUAUGUACUGCUUGAAAUGUGCUGCAUGUUGUUGUAAAUGUAAAACCUCCGUCACAACCAGCCAUACUUCAGUGUAUGUACGACAAAAUCACCAAGGAACUCAUGAGCAUCACACGAUCUUCUCAGAAACUAUUGAGCAGACACACCAACCAUAAUUACAUGUGAUGGGUGUUGAGUAUACCAAACAAACUCUACGAUUUCCCAAGAAAUACAAGGGACACAACUUUGCGGACUCAAAGAACACACAAAAUACUUCGGUUGACAGUGCACACAGCAUGUAUGAUUGUUGGUGACAGAGGCUCAACUGAAAUUUUGUAUUCUGUGUAUUAGGUUACUUCUUUGAAUUAUUGAUUAUAAUGUUAUUAUAUAAUUAUAAUGACUCAGAAUUCUUUUAAGCAUUAAUUAAAAUUCUCUAUGAUUAUAAUAACUCAAAAUUUUCUUACGUUGGUAAUAAAAAAAUUUCCUGAAACAGUCUUAGAUUUGUAAACAUUUGAACAAACCACAAAUCAAUUUCCAGUUCAAAAGUUAUGUUCAGUUUCAGUUUAAUUUUUCAAAAUUUUCAGUACAUCGUACCUGAGGUUAUGUGUUAGUAUUGGAUGUUAAAGUGCUAAUUGAGUUCUGAAGACGAAAAGCUGUAAACGUUUUUUCCACUUACAAUAUGCUACUUAAAUUAGCUGGUCUUUUGAUGGGCAUCAUCACAUACUGUUAUAUUGAAGCCUAUUUUCAGAUGGGUUAUUAUUUUUUGAAGCUGAGUAUACCCAGUUUGAAGAAGGCACGCUAUACCUAAUAUCAGAAGGGAAAUAAAUUGGGCAGUUGUUUUGUAUUUCCAUGUAUGUAUUAUCAUAGGUAAAUGUAGUGUUGGUACAUCACAUCAGAACUAUUAAUGUAAGUUUAGGUUGUACAAUGUUGGCUGCUACCUAAAUACUAGUAGUAUAGUUUGAUAAUUGACCAAUAUCAGUCUUUCAAAUAUUGUUAAAGGACCAAUGAUUAAAGCACGGAUAAAAAAAUUCAUGAUUUUAGUUUUUCUGAAGAAAAAAUCAGUAAUAUUUUAUAAUGAAUGUCAUAACAUUCUGUAUUAAGAGUUUGUUACUGACAAAGAUGUGUCUUAUCACAUUGAGAUUAAAAAAAAUGUAAAAUGUUGAGAGAAAUUAAGGUGUUUGAAUUAUUCAGAUGUAUAUUUUCACUUCAAUCACCCUUCAGUAUUUCUAUUGAUAGAAAUUCAGUUAAGAUAUCAAUUCCAUUGUGCAUUAAGAUGUAAAACUAUCUCUAUUUCUUCAAAACAUGUUUUACCCUUUAAUUUCUAUACGACCAUUACCUACUCGACAUCAGUCGACCAAAAAUGAUUUUAUAAUUUCAUCAAAGGCUGACUUGCAAUGAGCGCAAUGCUUAUAUUGUUGAAAGUGAUAUUACAACUUCACAUGAACUGGGGCUGAUAUCUUAGGAUAAAGUAUUGAUAUUAUUUCUUUAAUGCAGCUGUUUUUACUUUAAAUUUCAGGUUUAUACUUAGACUAAGUCAGUUAUUUACUGGGUGUUUACUGUGUUUUAAUGAAUUUUUUGUUUAUUGCUGUAAUUUAAACAAUUCAUGUAAACAUUGUCCCGGUAAUUUUCUUCAUAAUACCUCAUUUUGCUUGAAAACAUGUUAUACAUUGAACUGAGGGUGAUUUGAUACUGAUACUCUAGUAGUCGUGUAAGGGGACACAAUCCAUUUCCCUAGAUGUUGUACGUAAUACUAAUAAACAUCAAACAAGUGCUAGCUACAUUUGUUUCAAAUGUGAUAAUACUUUAUCAUACUGAAUUAUUCAUGAUACAAGUUAUUAGAUGUUGGAUUCCUCUUAGCUGAGGAAAGUUAUAUAAAGAUGUCACACCACUUUGUACUGUUUGGAAGCUGUAUCCAGAGCGAUAUGUUGGUAAACACAAUUCACGCCUUUAUGUUUCAUGAAUGAAGAUACUGUGCAAUAGUGUAUGAUGAAAAAAAUAUUCAUAUAUUCACAAUAAAUUCUACGAGGUAUUCA